UCGUUUAUUUGUAUAAAUUUCGAGAUAACCGCAACAAAUAAAAUACUUCAACUAAUUUGAUCCAUUUCAACAUGUUCAAUGAUUCGGUUUAGGCUCCUAUGCAAAAUUUAUAUCAACAUUUUAAUGUUCAUUCUGUUAGCGCGGUUUUUAUCAACGAAUAAAUGUAUAAACUGUUCUAUCAUCUCGAUAGCGCAGAGUAGGUUAUUUGCUCUUCCGUUGGUAGCUCAUGUCUGAUCGUCGUGGUCAGCAAGGAAACAUCUGAAGCGAAUUAGGAGAAAAACUUGGAUUUCUUAUUCUCUGUAGGUAUUGAAUAAUGUUUAUAUUAUUGACAUUGAUUAACACAAUUAUUCAAUUCUGAAUUAUGUAUAAAAUAUAUUAAACAGUACUUAGUAUAGUAUAAAAGAGUUUUCAGUUCUCAUCAUUAUAUUUUAGGUUUGAAUAUGUUUGAUAUAAAGCCUCACUCAUUAUUUGACAUUCCCCUUUUGGCACAUCCGAUAACACAAUAAAUUGAAAUAAUCGUAUCUUAAACACCGAUCACAAAUCUAAUUAGACGUAAAUUCUAUUAAAACAUAAACUAGAAUGCUUAAAUUACCGGAAAUAAAAGUCGACCCAAAAAAUACCAGCCAUCUUUGCAAAUGCCGACCAAUUUGCAAGAGUCGUAGAAGAGAGUGGAAAGGUGAUGUUCAGAAUACCUCAGCCGAGUUACUGCUGGAGAGGAAACCAAAACCGGAGUGUUUCCGCCGAUGGCCGACUAAAGUAUACCCAAAUAGCCCAUGUCCAUUAUUCUCUACCUCUCGUCGUGUGACAGUCAAGGAGAGGGGAUACAUUCCACCUCCCGAGGUGGUCAGGAUCUGCCAAGCGCCUAUUGAUGAUACUGUCGAUACUACCUACUUGAGACUUGCACAGAUUGCUAUGAAACUUGGUGCAUGGGACGCAGUAAGAUCGUGCUGUGCAUUUUGUGAGUGCAACAAUUGCUGUCCCUGUUCCCCACACGACUACAAGUUAUCGGAGGAGUGCGAUACCACACGAUGGGACGACAUGCGACAAUUUGAUAGCAGAGUUAGGCGAGACUGUCAGGACAUGAAGAUUAUGUAUCACUAGAAGAAAAAAGCAAUUGCCAAUAUUUUAAACCUUUUUCGAUCAAAGGCUAUAUAUGCGAACUACAAUUUUAAAAUCUAUGACGAAGCGACAAAACCCGCAAAAUUAACUAAAACUAGCUUAGUUCACAUGGCUAUUUUGAUGCUCGGUUCUCUGGUGACAAUUGAAGAAAACGAAAUAGCUAAGUUG